AUGUCGUCGACUGGAAUCGAGCGUGGGAGUGGUGACGAGGAACAGCCGCUGCUUAGGCAGAGGAGGCCACCGUUUCAUGCCUUGAACCUACAACAUUGGUACUCCUCCCCAAUCGACACAGAGCGGUGGGCCGUUCAGAGCACCAGAGAGAAGGUCAAGCGAUUUCUUUCUUCGAAGGCCGGCCACUAUUCUGUGCUCACCUUGGUAUCCCUUGAUGUUCUUGGCAUGAUUGCCGAUUUUGUUCUUCGACUCUUCCAAUGUGAGCAAGGCAAGAGUGGGUACGACUGGGACCUUGCGUUGAACAUUCUGGGCGCUCUCGGCCUAGGAUUCUCAUGCCUCUUCAUGCUAGAGUUAAUUGCCUCAAUAUGGGCAUUUGGUUUCAGGUAUAUCCUUUUCACUGCCCGUCCAGAUAAAACCCUCACAACUUGGCGAAUUUUUGUGACACAGAUCCAUGCUAACAAGGCUAGAUAUUUCACCUCUUGGUUCCAUUGCUUCGACGCCUUUAUUGUUGUGGCAGGCUUCAUCACUGAUGUUGUGCUGCACGGUGUCAUUGAGGAGGUUGCCUCCUUCAUCGUUGUGUUGCGUCUUUGGAGAGUUGUCAAGAUUAUCGAAGAGCUCGGGGUUGGCGAACAGGAGCGGGCAGAGGAGUCUGAGCGUAGAAUUGAUGAGCUGGGGAGUGAGGUUGACCUCCUUCGAAAAGAGUUGGCUGGUCUAAAGCAGCAGUUGGAUAAAGCCGGUGUGCGUGUUGGGGACGAUGACGAUCCGUAA